UUCGGAUCAAUACUUGUUCUACUAUAUCAUAUUGUUAGCCGAUUGGUUUCUACUGGAUUAUAUUGCUAUAUUAUAUCAUCAUCAUGCCGAUUGCCUUUAUAUCAUUAUCUACAUUUGACAUAUAGCCGAUUGCUUAAACCCUAUCGCUAUCGGCUGGUAUCGACAUCGGCUAUUAUCGGCUAUCGGCUGGAACUACUCCAUCGGCUUAUCAGCCGAUUGGCUGUUUUGAUCUACUAUUUGCAUAUCUUGUCAGUUGCAGGAUCAAACUGACUGGCACGCCCGCAUUUCAUCAAUCUUUGGACCUGCACAGGAGUUAAGCAGAUUUCCUAGGCCGGUGUGUUCGAUUUUUUUUUUCGUCGACAGUAUCCAGCCUUUUUCCUUACUUGUGCUUCUCCUUUUUCUGUGCGUGUGUUUCAGAUACUGACAAGGGGAGAGGGAGGCCAACAGCAUCGACCAGGAGGCGUCUGCUAGCAGUAGCGAGGAUGCUGCUAAUGAGGACAAGCCAGCUGAACAAGGUGUCAGCGGGACCAUCGACAGGAUCGUGACCUUCAUCGGCGACAGGGGUAGCAACCUGAACAACCUGGGGGAGAUGCUCAAGCAGUGGGAAGGAACCUGCAACCGCUACGGAACCUUUCUUCUCCACAUCGGACAAGUCCAGUUCUCUGAGAGGAAUGGACCCGUGCCAGUGGUCAUCGACAGGACCACCACCGUCUCCCGCGGGGUGGGCUGCACGCUCCUCCACCUCGGCAUGGCCCUGGGCAGCGGCGGCGAGGUAGUACGGCGCGUGGGGGUGGCAUGCACUGCGGCCAGUAUGCUCAACGACACGCCUGGUCUCUUGGCGCUCCUGGAUGCACGCAGCCAGGAGCAACCUCUCAAGAUCCUCCUCAAGUCAGUGGAGGACGCCAAGGACUUCAUCAGCAACUGGAAGAUCAACAAGGACGUCGUCGAGGUGGACGUUUGUCCAGCCCUGACCCUUGACGAGGUCGGCGCAAUCCGCAGGCUAUUCCAGGUCGAGAAAGCUGACAAGUUCUUGACAGGAGAUGUCGUCAAGGUGAAGCUAGGGCAGUACGAGGCCAUACAAGCUGCCAGAAAUUUGCCUGAGCUGCCUGUAUCCGCCGUAUGUGCUAUACUGGCUGCGGCUGAGAAAGGAAAAAACAAGGGCGCAGCUGAUGUUGGCGCCCAAGGCCAACAGAAGCCUUCUGCCUAGUUCGUCGGUACGCAUGUCUGUUCAUCAUCUACAGGAUAUUGCGCUGUGCUGGCUGGCUUCACCAUGUGCUCUCCCAAAUGCCGACUCAGUUUGUUUCUAGAAGGAAGGAUGUGACCUGCCCGGCGAGAUGGUGAUUACCAGUACUUUGCUUCAGCACUGAACCAGUCGAAGCUCGUCAGGGACCUUGAAGUUUGUUUGUGCUCAUGACGGUUGAAAGACAUGAGGGAGAGCGGGAAAGACAGCAGCGAGUGGAUGUCCUGUAGAUGGUGAAGGACACACCCCCACCCCCACCCUCAUUUCUGUACCUUGCUGUCUGAAUGCUUCUGGUGCUGCAGAGUCUGUUAGGCAAAGUCUUUUUUGAGUUAAACCUUUUGAAUCUAAUCGAUGCCAGAACUUUUGAAUCUCCAAUCUAUUUCACCUUAAGCUUAGCAUUUUUCAUUGACAGCCUGUUAGAGUUUUUCUUGUAACAGAUUUAUCUGUUAUGUUGCUCUUCUCAACUUGGUAUUCUAAAGUGAGCAUAGGCAUCAAUAGUAAGUAAUCCUGUGAAAAACCGUUGUAAUAUGUUGCUCUACAAAACGAUGAUAUAUGAUGAUAUACCCGUUCUGUACUUGAGUCAAUUUACCUUAUCCAUGCCAGCGCAAACAUUUGCACCAUGAAAGGUGAGCACAGUUAUGAUAAUAUUGUCAUAUACUGGACAUUGGAAGGACAUGAUCUCAUGUUCAAAGUUCGGGAGUUGGGACACAUGAAAUGAAAGUUGGAGUUGGGACAAAUGAAAUGAAAGUUGGAGUUUCCUUAAUCUCCCAUGUGUUUAACAGGAAUCAGAGAGGAUAAAGCAUCGAGACAUCCUAGUUUUUGCAGGUGGGCAAUAUUCAUAGGUUCUUUGCAGGAAAAGUUCUAUUUAUAAAGAUACAUUAUUCCAGAAAAAUAGAAUGUGAAUCUAUCCUAUUUAUAAAGAUACAUCUCUUAGGUAUAUUCCAAUUUUCAACAAAACUAACAAGAAACACAAAGUAAAAUCGUGUGAUCCAUAUUAUCAACAAUAUGUGCAGCCUUAAAAUGAUUAGAAAUUUAGAAUUUGAUCUUGUGAACUGUCUACACUGGUAGAACAUUUAUUGGCAUGUCGACAUGCAUACAUGGUUAUUGGUCAACGUUACACGAUUAAGAAAAAACUGACAAGGUAGUCCAAGACAUAUACUGCAGUUCAUUUGUUUUUACCUACUAUUGCUGAAUUCAGUAGUACACAUACAUGAUAGUAGAAUUCCCAAAUAGAACUGGAAAUAGAAAACUGGAUUGUACAACUGAAACAGUCGUAUAUACAACCUUUUCAAGUUUGUCAGAAGACAGGUUUUCUGCUAUUAGGCAUUAUAACCACAAAGACAGCAUCAGAUAUAUCCAGAAACCGAAACUGCGACAGAA